GGUUCACUACGAGGUCUACGAGUGUUACGUACCUGACCGGCUGUCCGACUAGUUGCUACGAACUAAAGAGACCUGCCGAUCGUGAGGACCGCGAGUGCUUAAUCGCCGACCUACGUGCAACAACCGGCGCAGCAGGAACGGUGGCAGCUUUUAUUAUUCACGAAUCGAAACGUCGGUUCGUCGCGUCGAAAAAUUUCGAAAAGGUCAUUAUCAGGUCUCUUUUGGGUCUACGAGUGGAAGUUUUGAACUUGAACUAGAAUCGAAUAAUCGAAAAUUAACAAGUUCGAAACGUUUUUGAUGUUCUUUUUUUGUGUUUGACGACUCGACGUCAACUUUGUGAUUAUUGAGUCAUCGAGCCUUGUUCACAACUUGCGCGUCGUUGACGGUUCUUCUUGAUUCGGACGAUUUUCUAUCGCUAUAAUUGGGACAAAGUGUGGUACCGGAAAGAAAAGAGUAAUCGGUGAUCGCUCAGUGGCGGGAAAAAUCGUUUCGUGCGAAAGAGAGGAGACGAGGUGCUGAUGUAAUUGUUACUGUGGUGGAUAUGAUGUAACUCUGUUGUUGACGUUUUGAGGAUCUUUGGGGUAGAAAUAAAAAUAAAAGAAGAAACAAGAAGAAGAGAAAAAAAAAAUAAUGUGAAAAUUGGGAAAGAAGUUGACCCGAAGCGAAAGACAAUCGAAACUCUGGUUACCUGCUUCACCUCCGUAUUCCGCAAUUUAGUAAUUCUGUGUGACAGCGGUUUCGGUUUCGCUUUUCUCAAUCUUACCCGAGGCGAUAUUUCGGGUAUAAAUAUACAGUGCGAGUAUGAUAAUUAUCAUACGAACGGUAAUAAUAAUUCAAAGUCGAGUGCUGAUAUACUUAUUGCACAUGUGUAUGUGACGUGUAAUUAUGAUUGGUAGUGAGGUAAAGAGAAAGGGGUUUACUCGUGAUAUACAAACUCUGAAAAUAACGGACGACAAACUUUGCGUUGAAAUGAUCGAUCGAUUAUACUUGUGAACCACGGAUCGAAUCGCGCGACGGUUAAUCCGUUUAAAUAAUCUCGGUUAAUCGACGGCUCGAUAAUUAUCGCGUAUUAAAAAUAAAACAAUCGAUGUAUGAUGUGAAAGAUAUUGCCAAAAGGUAACACCUUUGUACAGGAUAGCUCUUUGCCUGUAUAAAAAAAAAACAAGGAAAAAACGAAAAACAAAACGUGAAACAACGGAAGGCCGGAAGUGCAGGUCGGAACAUACAUCCGGUGGGGAGAACGUCGACCUCUGGUUCGUCGAUUCCUGAAAAAAACAAAAGAAAAUAAAAAGGAAAGAAAAUGGAAAAAUAAAAAAUAUUCGAUGCGGCGGCUUAACCGGCAAAAGUAACCGAGGGUGAAAAGGAAGCGAAGGAUAACGCGAGCGAUCACCGAUUACCGAUACAUCGAGGAUGAAGGACGUGUACGUGAUCAAGGUCAAGACUCGUCCACCCCUCUCGUCUCUCUACCCCUCGGAACGAAGAUACUCGGCCUCCACGGUCGGUGGCCUCGCCCUCGUUCACCUGGGCCUCGGUCUCUUGGGGAUGCUGCUCGGGGUCCUGGCCCGUUCGAUUCAGGGCCCGAUUUUGGGCCUGGCAAGCCUGGUGCCAUUCUCAUCGGGGCUGCUGGCAUGGCGGCGUUGGUACAUCGAUAGAAACAUAUCGAUAUUCUUUUACGGCAGUUUAUUCUCCGCGCUCUUGGCCCUGCUCUGCAGCCUCGCGACUUUACUCGACAUCACCGUCGUGUCCGGUGUAUCGGCGACGUCCGAGUGGCGUUUGGAGAACGUUUUCGCCUUUGGCAAGAACGACGACGACGAGGAAACGAUCGGUCUCAAUGUCACUGAUUCGGGGAUAUUUCGAGGAGGGUUUUUCACAUUUUGGAGGGCGGGUGAUCCUACGGAUUUUCCAGCCAACUUCGUCCUUGAUCUCAACCUUCUUGUCGCCUGCGUACUUGAGGCAUUUUGGUCCCUACUCAGCGUCAGGAUUUCCCUCCGCGGUAUGAGAAACCUCGGUGGUAGCGAACGUCCAGCUAAUCGUGAUUGUAACGAAUCGGAGAAUGAUCGAAUAACACGGAUCACGUGCAAUGGUUUUGGGAAAAAACCACCUACGCCUAAUCCACGACUCAUAAUCGAACGUCGCGGUUCCAUCGACGACAACGAAUUUCGUUUUCGCGAUAUUUCCAACGUUGAAAUAUCUUCCGGACCGAGACUUCCGCUGCCCGAGUCCAACACGGAGUUCAGGGAGAGAGUUGAACGUUUUUUGGCCAAUCAGGCUGCACACAGAAUCGUCGAGGGAUCUUGCUCUUGAGACUUGGCAUUUUGGUGCGGAGUGAUUUUUUUUAUUUAUUUAUUUUUUUUUUUUUUAUUCAGGUUUUUCCUUCCAGUAUGCGCCGAUUGGGCUGUGGAAAAGUUUUGGGAAUUAUGACCGUGCGUUGAGCGAAUUUUCGAAAGACGUUAAAGAACAUUUGAUUACCUAUAAAACGGAACCAAAAACAUUUUCUCCAAUUGUAUAAUUUUCCAGAUAUUUCUGUGUGAGAGUGUGUGAAAAAUUCAAACCGGACGAGAGUCACCUUUUAGAAUUUUGCCAACUUUUCGAAGGGUACGCGAGAGACAAAAAAAGAUGCAAAAAAAAAAAAAAACCACCCUGAUGUAUAUACAUAUAUAUACGCGUUGCAAAAAUUGUACGUAUGUAUAAUGUAUGCAUGUACAACCUAUAUGCUGAUUUAUAUUUUUAUUUAUACGCGAUUCUUAUCAACAAGUAUACGUGUAUUAUUAUGUGCUGGCAAAUGUCAACGAACAUGUUGCAAUAAUUUGCAAACGAGAUUUUUGGCGCGCAGUUUUAUUUUUUAUUCGUAUCGAAAAUUCGAUCGUUGUUAUAUGUAUUACAUAUUAACAAUACGGUAACGUGAAGCAAGUCUUUGUCGUCUGAUAUUAUACAGAGUAUCGUUACGAAACCUGGCGGGAAUAGAAUAUAGAAGGCAUGCCUACUGUACAUUGGCUAAUGCGCAAAGGGAAAGAAAUUACCCAACAAAAGACCGCAUGGUCCACAUUCACCGCGAGGCGUGGGCGCCUUUUUUAUUCACUCAAUUCGCACGCCAGGUAAUAUAUAUAUGUAUAUGUACAUAAUGACGUGUUGAAAUUUUUGUUUUCCCCGCAGGCGGAACAAGAAUAGUUAAAAAACGAGAUUUGAAAAAAAAAAAGGAAAAAAAACCUAUUGAUUCGUGUGAAAUGAACGUAACAAAUUAGUGAAUAAUAAAUAUAGCCUUUAGGUAUCGUGAGAAAAAGAAAUAUCAUGGAUCCACGACGUUAAUAGAAUAUUACUCCGGUGAUGUGAUUAUUUUUUUUUUUUUUUUUGCGGUUGGAAUUUAAUACGACAGAAGAGACAGGUAUCGAUCAAUUUUCAAGGCGAUGGUACUCGUGACUUUCCCUUUCCUUUGUUCGACGCUUGAGAGAGUAAUAGAUUAUCAAUUCUUCCUACGAUCUAUUUGUCUAGUCUGUAAGUCGCUGUUUACCACGGGCGAUCUCAGUCAGAGGUGAGCCCAUUUUUUUUUUCUAAUUACUUGUUCGUUGCUGAUUUUUAUCGGGGUUUGGGAAGAGUGAUAAUUGAAUCGAGAAUUUGGUUUCAUUCUGUUUUUUUUUUCUUUUUUUAUAUAUGUAUGUAUAUAUAUAUAUAUAUAUAACAAAAGCUUUAUUUGACGUAUGAUUAAAAUUACACUAUUCGA